AUGAUUACAGACAAUGAUGAGGAUUUAUAUGAGGGUUUUGAUAAACUCAACAGCAAGUUGGAAGUUGAAGAAUUCGUGAAUGACACUGGAUUUCAGAAUGUCAUUAGAAAUACCAGUUAUGGUAGAAAACCAACGGUGCUUGAUCGAGGCUUAAAUACAUCAAUCAUUCGUGGAUCGAUAGGAAGAGCACCAACAUCAGGCAACUUCAGAUUGGUCACUGCUUCAGGACUUGCAGGUGGGGAUUUCGGAAGACCAAUGACAUCUGUCAGAGCUGCUGGGUAUUCAUCUAUGGGUCGGAGACUGAGUACAGGAAACCAAGGUUGUAAACCAGAAGACAGUUCUGAAGAACGUAUCAAAAAUAUGGAAAAAAAAGUUAAUCACUUAAUUGAAGAAAGUUGUGUUGCUGCAUGUCAAGCAGAAAUCACUUUGGCAUUAGAAAAAGCUAAGGAAGCCAGUCGCAAAGAACGUGUACUUGCUAGACAACGAGAGCAACUUGGUGUUGCAGAUCAAAUCAACUUAGACUUAACGUAUUCAGUACUAUUCAAUUUAGCUAAUCGUUAUACAGCAAAUGGAAUGUAUCAAGAAGCACUGAAUACUUAUCAAGCUAUUGUUCGAAAUAAAAUGUUUGCCCAUGCAGGUCGACUCAAAGUAAAUAUGGGAAAUAUUUAUUAUGUUCAGAAGAAUUACUCGAAAGCUAUUAAAUUCUUUCGUAUGGGUCUAGAUCAGGUGCCUAAUACACAUAAAUUAAUGAGAAUAAAAAUUAUGCAGAAUAUUGGUAUAAGCUUUGUUAAACUUGGCCAAUUCAGUGAAGCCAUCACAGCAUUCGAGCAUAUUAUGCAAGAGGAACCGGAUACAAAAACUGGUUUCAAUUUAAUUGUUUGUUAUUUUAUCAAGGGAGAUCGUAAUAAAAUGAAAUAUGCAUUUCAGCAACUACUUCGAGUGGAUCUACACUUAGAUGACGAAGAUCGAUAUUUACAACACAAUGAUGAUAAGCAAUAUGACUUGAUCUUGGAAGUGAUUCAAAAUGAUGAACUGCGCCAAUACGAAAGAAAAAGUAAGUUGAAACCAUACCCAGUCUUUGGUAAGAAAGUUCAAGCAGAAAAUUUCAUUAAAUUGGCGGCCAAAAUAAUUUCCCCAGUAAUUGAAUCCAAUUUUUCUGUUGGGUAUGAUUGGUGUAUUGACCAAGUGAAAAUGUCCUCUUAUCAUGAAAUUGCACAUGAUUUAGAAAUUGAUAAAGCUGUGAUGUUUUUAAAACAAAAAGAUUUCCAUCAGGCAAUUGUUACACUGAAGUCGUUUGAAAGAAAAGAUACACGUGUUGCAUGUACAGCUGCUACAAAUUUGUCAUUUCUAUACUUUCUUGAAGGGGAUUUACUACAAGCUGAAAAGUAUGCAGAUCAAGCUUUAUCUGUUGAUCGAUAUAAUCCUGCAGCGCUUGUUAACAAAGGCAACGUUUUCUAUAAACAACAACAAUAUGAGAAAGCUCGAGAUUGUUACUUGGAAGCAUUGCAAGAUGAUACACAAUGUGUAGAAGCUUUAUAUAAUCUUGGUUUAUGCACCAGUAGUUAUCAGUUAAUGGACAUCUAUGAGAAAUUGGGAGAUCCUACACAAGCACAGGAAUGGGCAAUGCAGUUACAUGGUAUGGUUCCAACUGAUCCUUUUCUUCUACAAAGAUUAGGUGAUAGCUAUGAACAGGAAGGUGAUAAAUCUCAAGCAUUUUCUUAUUAUUAUGAUUCAUUUAAAUAUUAUCCAUGUAAUUUUGACGUAAUUGAAUGGUUGGGAGCAUACUAUAUUGAAUCACAGUUCUGUGAAAAAGCUGUGGCUUAUUUUGAACGCGCUAGUUUAAUGCAACCGAAUCAAAUCAAAUGGCAGUUGAUGAUUGCUUCAUGUCAUCGACGAAGUGGAAAUUACCAACAAGCUUUAGAAACAUACCGUAUUAUCCACCGACGAUUUCCAGAGAAUAUUGAGUGUCUUCAAUUUCUUGUACGAUUAAGUUCUGAUAUGGAUUUACCUGAAGCUCAAGAUUAUAUAGCCAAAUUGAAACGUGCUGAAAAAUUGAAACAGGCUAGAGAACAGCGUCGACUGUCAUCAAGUAACCGUCGAAGCUUUGGUCUAACAAAUACAUCUAGAUCAACAGGUAGUCGUGAAAAUUCAGCCAGUGUUAGCAGUGGAGGUGAAAGUCGUGAAAGCAGUGCAAAUUAUGACAAUCAUUUCAAUGUCCAAUCAAAACAUGCACAUUCCAAAAAUAAUUCUUUUCGUCAAACUGAAGUCCGUAAAGAAACAUCUCUUAGUAGGGAUAUAGACAAUGAAUAUAUUAAAUAUAACGAUCCACUGGGACCAAGUGUCGAAAGACCGAGAACAGCAGCACGUACUCGACCAAUUCAAGAUGAUUUUGCAGACGAAGAAGUUGAUGAAAACCUGUUACCAGAUUAA